CUUCAUCUACUCUAAAGGAGCCUCUAACACUAGAGACUACCAGCAAACAAAUCAAGAGAGACAGACGACUGAGCGAGGAAAUACCUAAGGACUCCUCCGAAGACAGACUUUAUCAAGCUUUCAUAAACUGGGAACAGGAUUCCUCUUGAACACGCACAAGAAAUUUAUCCAAGAUGCUGAUGCUUACUGUUGUCGUUACCUUCCUUGGAAGCCUCCACUUGGUCUUCUCCGCCGCCGCCUCCUCCUCUUGCCCCUCCAUGUGUGAUUGUCCGCUUGAGAUGCCCAAGUGCGCACCCGGCGUGAGCGUCGUCCAGGACGGCUGCGGCUGCUGCAAAGUUUGCGCCAGGCAGCUGAACGAGGACUGUAGCCUGACCGAGCCUUGUGACCAUACUAAAGGGCUGGAGUGUAACUUUGGGGCCAGCUUUGCUGCUGCUACUACUCGUGGCAUCUGCCGAGCCAAGUCAGAGGGCAGACCAUGCGAGUACAACAGCAGGAUCUACCAGAACGGAGAGAGCUUCCAGCCCAACUGUAAACACCAGUGCACAUGCAUCGAUGGGGCAGUAGGAUGUGUCCCACUGUGCCCGCAGGAGCUCUCCCUGCCCAACCUGGGCUGUGCCAACCCCAGACUGGUCAAGGUAGCAGGCCAGUGCUGCGAAGAGUGGGUGUGUGAUGAUGGCAAGGACACAGACAUCCUGGAGAAGAUCUUUGGGAAAGACACAAUGACUGAUGAGCUGGAAAGAGACCUGACCAACAGGAACGAGCUCAUUGAAAUUGUCAAAGGAGGACUUAAGUCUUUAGCUGCAUUCAGACCACAGCCUGAGGUCCACAUGUUUGACACUCAGAAGUGCAUCGUCCAAACCACACCCUGGUCCCAGUGCUCCAAGAGCUGUGGAACAGGCAUCUCCACCAGAGUCACCAAUAACAACAGCGAAUGCAAACUGGUCAAAGAGACAAGAAUCUGUGAAGUGCGACCUUGCACCCAGUCACCUUACUCCAGUCUUAAGAAAGGAAAGAAGUGCAGCAGAACCAAGAAAUCAAGCCAGCCAGUGAAGUUUACCUAUGCUGGUUGCUCCAGCCUGAAGAAGUACAGGCCCAAGUACUGCGGAGCCUGCGUGGACGGCCGCUGCUGCAGCCCUCACGACACCAGAACCAUCCGUGUCAAGUUCCGCUGCGAGGAUGGCGAGACCUUCAACAAGAACAUCAUGAUGAUCGAGUCCUGCAAGUGCACCUACAACUGUCCACAUGCCAACGAAGCCUCCUACCCCUUCUACCGCCUCUCCAACGAUAUCCACAAGUUCAGAGACUGAUUGGUGACGAAGAUGCCAACCCCUAAGCCAGAGAGAUCAACAGUAACAAUGGCAGUCCAGAUUAAUGCAGGGGUGUAAAAAGAACACCAAUCAACUACCAGCUUCUUGUUGUAACUAGAUUCCCAAGGAAUUGUGGGCUUACAUCAUGAGGACUUUAUGAAGUGCACUGUUUGCUGUGACUACAUCAGCAUUCUUAACUAUGAACUGCUUCGUAUUAAUGGAGCAUCCAAAGUAGCUUCGUUAUGGAGCAAGAUGUAAUUAAUAUUUGUACAUUUAUGUUAGUCGCUGAUAUCAAUUCACUGUGUAUAUUUUGAUCCUUAACAUCAGACAUGACCCAGACUGUAGACUUGUGUGUGUAUAUGUACAUAUGCACAUGCGCAACUUCAAUUAGCAUACCAUCCUGUAUCUUAAGAACAAGACACCGAAAUGUCACCUCUCGACUUGUUUAACAAGUGUUUGGUUUCUUUCCCUCCUGACGUGGGCAUUACUGUUCAUGUUUUGUGGCAGCUAUUGAACUCCCUUCAUGAAAAAGACAAAGCGAAACAUGUCAAAAGGAUGAAUGAAUGUUUUUAUUAUUGUUAUUAAUAUUAUUUAUCAAAAUGUAGCUACUUUAUUUGGAUAUUAUGUGUCAUACUGGAAUAAAUUGUAAAAUGAUUUAAUUUUAUAUGCUACAAAUAAAACUGA